AUCAUUGAUAAAGCGCGCCUCGAAGUGUGGGGGAGGACCAAGUCGUUAGAGUCGGGAGUCCCUCUCGAGCGUCUCCUCACAUCCGACGGACAAGGCAGAGCAUUCUCGCUUGUGCCGAAACCACGCUCCCCCAUCCCUCUCCAGUGGGCCCACUUCGGCCCUAACGCCAUACCGAACACCCUCGCAGACACACCUUGCACUACUAUGGACACCAAACGGCUGCUGGAGCUACUCAACGACGUCCUCGCGACCAACUACUCGCUAGAGAAGCCGGGAAUGGAGCAGUGCCUGAAUCACUUCCUCCGCACCUCACGAGACUUUGGUCAAGUGUACGCAUCUCUGCGAAGAUACUGGCGAUCUGGCUUCACUCAACUGCUCCCCGACCUCGCUAAAUAUCAAAAGGAGGAUGAAUCGAAGCGGCGGAAUGCCUUGGGUGGUGGCUAUAUCAGCAACUCGCGGCUGCCCCCACGGCGGGUGUGGGACCUCUACAGUAAUCGCGUCCUGCCCUUCUAUGCCAUUAAACGAGGUCUCCUUCGGUUCUUGAUCUUCGACGAGGUCUGGACGGUAUCGCACAGCUGGGUACACGAAAGCGUCCGCACCGAUGUCUGGACCCUGAUCAACGACAACCAGUGGCCCGUCCCCAUUCCGGGCGACACCACACUUGAACAUGUUCGAGUCGAGCUCCUUAAUCUCGGUGCCGAGUAUGUCUGGAUGGACGUUCUGUGUCUGAGACAACGGGGACGUCCGGGGGACGAGGAGCAGAGGAAGGAAGAGUGGAAGCUCGAUGUUCCCACCAUUGGCUAUGUAUACUCACACUUAUCCAGCCGCAGGCCGUGCGUCACAUAUUUCAACGGCCUGGGCCUUCCUUUCGAUCCGUCUCCACAAGUAUUGUCUUCCGAUCGCCACUGGUUGAACCGCGCCUGGACGGUGCAAGAGGCCAUCAACAGCUGGUUGCCUGGCGGGACCACCGGUGCGGUGUCUGCGGAUGCGCUGCGUUUCUUCCAAGAGCACCUUCCACGAUCCAUCCCGCAAGAAGGUCUCGACUUUGUCCCCUUUGCGGCCUCGGCGAUGCGAGGGCGUCACUGCACCACAGAGCUCGACAGAAUCCACGGCCUCGCAUACCUCCUAAACUGCAGCACCCUCCCGAUCUACGACGAAGGGAUGCCACCAGAGCUCGCUUGGACCAUGCUUCUCAAGCAUCUGAGCCCGUAUGCACGACGCCGAGUUGCCUCGCGCCACGCAUGGUGUCAUCCAGAUGACACCUCAUUACUGCCUUCGUGGAAGGACUUUAUGCAAUGUGAGCGGGACGAUAUUGCUCGUCCCUUGGAUUCUGCGCUUGCUGAUUCGGCCCUGUACCUUCUGGACGACUCCCGCCUUCACGUGCAUGAGCCAGGAGUCUACUGUCAUUAUAAUAUUCUCUCGCACGGCCCCGUCAGCAUCGAUUGCGAGGGGAAGAAAGAUGAGUCCGGCUAUGAGACACUCAAGCUCCAAUAUCGAGAUGUAUGGAACCGUCUCUUGCGCUUUGACAUAAAGGAUUGCGAGGUCGCCGGCACAUUUUUACCAGGCGUGAAGUAUGCCAUCUUGGACCUUCCACCGCAGGUCUGGCUUAUUGUGGAAGUGAUUGGAGAGCGGGAGGUUGAGGGUACCGCAGCGCUGGAGGUGGUUAAGCGAGGCUGCGUAUUUCCUUUAUCGAACCAACUCCCACCCCUCAUAUGGUAUAAACGGCGCAUCGUGCAUAUUUCAGAGGAGGAAGCCAGAUGAAAGAGAUAGAUAUUUCGCAUGCUACAUAUACCCCUCAUACAAUAUCUGUACAAUAGCCCCUCAUCGGUCCACCAGCCUAGCAUUUAGUCGUCGCAGAAAAUUUGACAUAGCACUGAAGCAUUAUAUUAACUGUGCAUGUCGCAGCGC